UGAAUCUGUUUCUUCUUUCUGUUGUUUUGAUUUCGAUUCCGAUUCUGUGUGUUUUUGUUCCUUGGAAGUGGGCGCUUGAAUGUUUAUUGGACCAAAUGUAUUUGAUAUUGUGUAGAAUCUGUUGCGCUGGUGGCUCUUUUUACGGGAUUUUGAUUUGUUCCCGACGUUAUUUUUCAUUUCGAGAUUAAAUUCGCUUUUCCAUUAGGUUCGAAUUCGAUGGUUAGGUUUGGUUAGGUCAUGUUAGGUGUGAGAGCAAAAGAAUCCUAGGUCGUAUAGUUGUAGUGUUUUCGGUUGAGGAGUUGGGAACUCUCGUCUCUCAUUUUUUCAUUUUAUUUUAUCUUGAUCCUCUAAACUGAUGGAGAAUGUUAAAUUUCUUCGAAGAACCAUCUAGCAUUUGAUUUCUUUACGGGAGAAAUGGUAUUAAAUUUCUGUUAAUUUACUUGAUUGGCUCAUCAGACGACACUCCGGGUCCUCAAAACGGACCUAUUGAUCUGAUUGGACCAUGACGAUAAUUGGAGCCUCAUUUGUUUUUUCUUGACAAAUAGACAGUAUUGAUUCAGUUCUAUGCAUUUUUAUGUCAUCGAGGUGGAUAGAGAAACACGGUCUUGUCUGCUUUAUGGAACAAGAAACAGGGAAGGAAUGAGUCUAUUAGUUCAGAGAAGCUGGAGAUGAGUAAAGAAAGUUCCCAUACGAAAGAGAAAACGACUAUUGGUCGUUCUUCAUCUAGUGAAGUGAGAAAGCCUGCAGAAAAAGAUCUAAGCUCCUCCACGUUUGUCAACCAGGCUGCAAUUCGUUGGCACGAGAGUAGAAAGAAGUGGGUUGAUACUAAACAAUCUCAACAACAACAAAGAAUGGAAAGGGAUUCGAUCAUAAGCUGGUCAACAGCAUAUGAAGAUUUGCUCUCCACUUACGAGCCCUUCAGUGAGCCAAUACCUCUCCCUGAGAUGGUAGAUUUCUUGGUUGAUAUAUGGCAUGAUGAGGGGCUUUUUGACUAGAUAACACAAUAAAUAUUUAAGCAGUAGACAAGUUUCGGACGAGGUACCGAGUUUCGGGACAGUACCAGUUCUUCCAUCUACUAAUUCUAUGAAGAUUAUGAUCUUACAUCGUUGUGAUCUUUGUUCAAACUAGCAGCUAAUUCAACAUUUGUUUUAUUGGCCUCUGUUUAUGGGGGUAACAUCUGAUAUUUUUGCACAAGUUCAGAGUCGUGGACACUUAUUUGGAGAAUUAUUUUUUAUGUUU